AUUACAUGGUCACGACCUACCCCAAUAAUCGACAAAGAAAGCAAAACUGAUAAUAAAGAAGGAAAUGAAGAGGAGUAUGUUAAAAGGUCUUUGACUUUUAGAAAGGAAUAAUCUAGUACUAUGAAAUCCAAGAUCCAUAUUGAACAAGAAAACUGAAAUAAAAUGUCUAAUUGUCAUCAGGGGGGCCAAUGGCGAUGGGAGUGCAUGUCCGCUUCCACCCUUCCAGCCAAGGGGGUCCCUCAUGGUGAGUCUCUAGGCAGGUCCUUAGUGCAUCUCUAACUCCUAGUGACAGGAGUGGUUGAGCUGCCCAAACCAUAACCUCCUAGGUCAUCCCAUGGGCCUCCUUCAUCCAGGAUUGUCUCACAAAGAGACAAUCUGAUGGGCAAUUCAGUUCUCUCAGGGCUUGGUAGGCAGGGUGAAGGUCAGUUACCAAGAAAUGGCCUUCAACCUCCCCAGAUGAAUUGUUCAUUGUCCCUUCUCAGCAGUGUCCGAGCCCUAUCACCAAGGAAUGGCACACGUUCUGAUUACUGUUCAGCUAAGCAAUGCGACAUGCUUCUGUGACCUCUAAUAUCUCCAGCAAGAUGAAAUUCUGCCUUGCCCAUGGGCUUUCGCCAAUGGACUCUUGUGCUGCUUUGAGUGUUUCAUGCUUUAAGGACUCCCACAGAACUAUGGGUCCAUCAGAUUUUUGAGUUCUAUGAAUUGACCAGAGACUGCUGUGGUGAAUCUCCGGGCACACUCCUCUGCCCUCAAUCUAAUGCACAAAGAAAAUCUGGGAAAAUAACUGUAAACGAAAUCUGGUUUAAAAAAAAAAAUAAUAAUCUAAAUAAUUAUACAGUAAUAAGAAAAGAUACUCAGUCAAGUUAUAUCUGUCAAAAAUGAUUUACAAUUCACUAAAAUUAACUCCAUGGUGACGGGUGAAGAAAACUAAAAAAAAAAAACUACACUUAGGCGAUCAAUGACAACAUGCCGACUUUGAGCGCGGGAGUUCGGCACAUCAAGCCAAAUCACUGCCUCGUAGCGCUUUGUUGUGCCGCUGCGGUGUACAGCCACACGCCACAUUUUGAGCAGUUUGUUUUCACGUCUAUAGACGUGACCCGUUGUUAAGGGUUUAAGAGAGAAGGAGGUCUGCCCCCAAGCUCCACCCUAUUGCUAUAUUUGUGUACACUCCUAAUGACCUUAGAUGCUGAUGCAGCAGAACAAAUUAAAUAAUAAAUAAUAAUAAAGUAUUUGAAAAAUUAGAAACUUUAUAAAAUCAAAUAUUAAGACUGGCAACUGGAUGCUUUAGAUCAACUCCAAUCAUAGCUGUGCAGAUCAGCCAUCAGUAAUAAAGUACUACAUAUUGAGACAGAAUUUCCUACAACAUAAGAAACAAGCAGCUCAAAAGAAAAGGAUCCAGAGGAUAUAGAAAACAUAGUCUUAAACCCAAUAACAAGAAAGAAGAAGAAGAAGCUGACUGAUAGCAGUUACCAAGAUUAUACAACUUUACAUUUUUUGUGCACAGAAAAGGGAAGCAGAUUAUUCAAGAAAGGAAUAAUGAUUACAAACAAAGGAAAUUAAAACAGCACAUGCAUCGAGUCAGUGAGAAGGAAUCGGCACUUUACUGCAACUUUGAUCAGACUGUGGACAGGAUUUGAACACCACUUGAUACUUCUUCAAAUAUCCUGCAUAGUGCAAGUUAUAGGAAUUGUUGAUUUUGGAGGUUCCUGAUUAUUGCUUUGGUGGGCAACCUCCUGGGGCAUCAUGGAUGAAGAACACUGUGAUGAACACUGUGAUGUAUUGCUGAAUGAAGACAAGACCCCUGAAAAAAUUGAAAUUAAGGUAGAAAGCAGUAUGGACUUCAGUGAUGAGAAUUACCCAGAAAGAGAUAAGGAAAGUAAUGAAUUUGAUUGUAUCUAUAUAAAAGUGGAAAAUGACACAAAUAAUGAAGGUGAAUGUUCAGCAUCUGAAGAAAGUAGACACAGUGACAAUGUAAUUGAAAAUAACAGUGCUUUGGAAGAGAAAACUGAAAAUAUUUGCAUUUACGAAAAAAAUAAUAUCUAUAUAAAAAUUGAAAAUGGUAUAGAUAUCAAAGAUGAGGUUCCAUAUUCUGAAGAUAUUGAAGGUUGUAACAAAACAGAUAUAAAUAAUUUAGAUGAUUGUGAAUAUGAAGACAAGAAACUUAUUAAUGAAGACCCUUUAUUACCACUCCCAUGUGAGGAUGAGGAUUGUGAUGAUAUAGAUACAGCAAAAAGUGACCAGGAGACACACAAAAGAGUGUACAUGAAAGGAAGGCCUUAUAGCUGUGAGGUAUGUAACAAGUCAUUUGCCAGAAAGGAUCAUCUAGUGAAUCAUAUUAGAUUACAUACCAAGGAAAAGCCUUAUUGUUGUGAAAUAUGCAGCAAAUCAUUCUCUGAGAGAGGUACUUUAGUGAAACACAUGCGAAUACACACUAAAGAGAAGCCUUUCACUUGUGAUAUAUGCAAAAAACCCUUCUCAGAGAAAGGGCAUCUCUCAAGACACAUGAGUGUACAUAUAAAAGAAAAGACUUUUAAUUGUGAGGUAUGUAACAUGGACUUCUCACGGAAAGAUUAUUUAAUAAGCCAUAUGAGAGUGCAUACAAGAGAGAAGCCUUUUAAGUGUGAAAUAUGUAGCAAGGCAUUUGCUAGGAAGGAUCAUCUUGUGACACAUACCAGGUUGCAUACAAGGGAAAAACCAUAUAGUUGUAGAAUAUGCAACAAGACAUUCUCUGAUAAAGGACAUCAAAUGAAACACAUGCGUAUACAUACAGAAGAGAAGCGCCAUUGCUGCAAUAUAUGUAGUAAAGCUUUCUUUGAGAAAAGUCAUCUAGUCAGACACAUGAGAGUACAUACAAAUGAAAGGCCUUUCAGUUGUGAGGUUUGUCAAAGGGCAUUCUCUGUGAAAAGUAUUCUAGUGAAACACCGAAGAAUACAUAUAAGAAAAUUCUUAAAUAGCAGUACUGCAAAAGAUUCACCCAAGAAUGAUACCUAAGUAACACAAAUGAAAGUGUAUAUAAAGAAGAGAUUUUGCAAGUGUAAUCAAUAUGUUAGUGUUCAGUGGAUCAGUAAGCUAAGGAACCUGAGUUAUUAUCUUGUGUUCAUGAGUUCAAGCCUCUCUGUUUCUAUGAAUAAUUAGGAAGACAACUAAUCCUUGCACGUGGGAGGUGGCAAUCUACCUGUAGGUUAAGGCUAUGUGUCAUCCAUUAUCUGUCCAACUUACUAUUACUAUUAUGAUGUUCUGUGGAACGUAUGACAUGAUACUACAUUGAAAUGGCGAUCUACCAACGUAUGUCCGCCUUGCUAUUGCUGUUAUAAAUUUCUGUAGACACUAUCUUACAUUCAAAUGACAACAGGAAAUGAAUCACAAAGUCUCA